UUCUUUGUGAAAUGCUAUUAAUGUGUCAUAUUUCAAAUUAAAUAUAAUGACCGGUUUUGUCAAUCUGUUCCAUUUAUGUCUCCAUCAUUAAAGGGAUAAUCAGUGUCAUGGUGAUGAAGCUGAGAAAAUGAAAACAAGCAGCUCCUCUGAGCCACCGGAGUCUUCCUCCUCUUUGGUUUCCACCGCUGCAUGUCAUCAUCACUGCAACAAAGUAAAGAAACAGACCAGAGAUGGAGUGUACACGCUCUGUGCUAUGACCUCUGGGAUGAAACGCAACUGGGUCCAAGCCGUGUUGAAGAACGUGAGGCCCAGUGUUACACCUGACGUCACAAGCUCCCUUUCUGAGCAAAAGACCCAACAGAAAUCACAACAUCUAGACUCGCAGUCAGCUGAGAGUCUGGAGAACGCUGAAUACCCAAACAGCUUUUUUUUGCAAGAGCACAAAACCAGCGACUGUGGCGAGGAAACACAUCAGCAGCAGCAGAAAGAGCAAGAAGUCAAACUUCAGCCAGAGACGGAGCAGAGUUCUGCUGAUGGAAGCUCUGCAUCAUCUACGACCUCCUCUUCUCAUCUGUCCUCCCCGAGCUCACCCUCCGCCUCCUCUGCUCCAUCUCUCAUCAGUCCUCCAUGUCAGGUGGAGGAGGAUGAAGGUGCUUCCUGUCUUCAAUACACACUUGUUGCAACCACACAGACAGGUGUGACAGAUGCAUCAUCGUGUGUUGAAGGAGCUGGAAGUAACGGCUCUACUUCCACAACAAUGCCGUCAAAUGUGUCAUAUUUUGAUGAACAUUCAAAUCCGCGGAGUGAAAUUGAGCAGAGUUGGCAGCAAGUUCAAACUACACCCCGGAGCGAGGAGCAACAAGAAGUAUCAGUAAAGGUCACCUGUGAGUGCAUGAAAGAGGCGGAUCGAUUGCCCCAUGAGCAGCAAACUGGGCAACUUGUCAAAGAGCUGGAACAAACACAGAAGGAACUGUCUCGACUGCAGCAGUUAAACAGAAAUCUUCAGGAUGAGCUACAAGAAGAGAGAACGAGACAUUCAAGAGAACAGGACGAUCUUCUCUCAAACUCCAACUCGCCUUCAGAACAAGCGUUGGCUUUUCAGCGACUGCAGAAGGUAAACCAAGAACUCCGCUGUCAGCUCGAGGCUCAAAACAGGAGCCAUGAGGAAUUCAGGGAAGUUGAGCUACGGCGAAGGGUGGAUCUCUUAGCUCAACAAGCACAGCUACUGGUCACCGGUGACGCCACAGCACUCGCACAAGCCCACCUGGAGCAAGAUCGCCGGCAGUUUCAUGAGCAGCAGGUGGAGUGGGAGCGUUGCGUGGCCUCCCUGAAGUCCCAGCUGAGUAACAGCGAGGAGCAGAAGAAGGAGGCCAGGUCACGCUUCACACAGCUGCAGCAGGAGAUGCAGAGUUACCACAGUCUCCAGCAGGAGGCCGAUCGCUUGCACGAACAUCUCCAAGAGGUGACGACUCAGCUUCGUGCUAAUGAGGAGGCGCAGGCUGAAAAAGAGGCUCGCCUGCAGAAGCAUCUCGUGCUCCUUCAAGCAAGUCAGGACAGAGAGCGGAGGAGCUUGGUCGCCAGCCUGGCACAGGCAGAGCAACACUCAGGAGACCUUCAAGAGAGGCUGGACAGGGCUGGGCAGCAGGUGGACAGCCUGAAUAAGACUCAAACCUGGACCAGAGACAUAGAGGAGGCUCAGCAACAGCUUCAAGAGGAGCUGGCGCGUACGGUAUCUGCUGUUCAGAAACUCCAAGAAGAAAGAGAGCAGCUUGACCAUCGCUGUCAAGAGCUGCAGAACCAGUUAUGUGAGGCAGACGGGGAGGUGAACAGGCUGCAGAGCCGCUUGAAAACAGAAGAGACGCACUACUACAAUCUCGAGCAUUCGUUCGAGAGAGUUAGCGAGGAGCUGCAACUGGCCUUGGGGAAGGUGCAGCAAAUGGAAUCUGAAAGACAGGAAAUACGAGAAGGCUACGAGAGACUCCUGGACAGGAAGGAGCAAGAGCUGAGUGAAGUUUUGCUGAAGAUGGAAGUCUUGGGUAACAGCCUGGAGGAGACGGAAGUGAAGCUGAAUGAUGUAUUGAAAGGUAGCACCUGUGUCUCAGAGCCUGCUCAGCAAAAUGAGAGACAGACAGCUGAUCUAAAUGAUAGCAGGCCACAGGCAAUAGACAGUCGCUCCAAUGCAGCUGAACAUGCAGGAGAUGACCCAGAAAGGUUCAUGUCCGUGAUCCAGACACUUGAAACCAAGCUUUAUGCAACAGAGGAGAAGCUAAGGGACAUCAUGCAACGACUGGAGGAGCACCAGAGUCACAUCAGCUGCCAGGACCCUCACCUUUGCUCCCAGCUCACCCGGAGCCGAGCCACCGCUCAGCACCUCAGCCUGCUGCUUCACAGUCGGGCCAAGCAGAGCCGGAGCUUCGCCCAGGAGACAGAGAGCCGCUGCAGGAUGCUGGUCGGCAGGUUUCAGGUCGCACUGAACAUCGUACAAGCCUGCAGAGGGAGGCUCCAAACCGCUCCGUUUAACAUCACAGACUUUGAGAAGCAUUUGGCCACCGUUGCUGCCUGUCUUCAGCAAGGAGAGAAAGACGCAGAGAAACAGCAGCAUGAAUCACGCAAUGCCAGCAAAGGAGAGGACAAGAUCCUCAACGAUGAGACAUUAGCUGGAGCUGAGAGCAACAUAAGUGUUAAACCCACUAAUACAUCACCCUCAGAGGACGACGUGGAAAGUGUUGGGAAUUGUUUAAUGAGGGAAGUGUUUGUAGUAGAAAAAAUGGUGUCUGUCCUUCAGAGUCAACAUGGCAUUGGGCAACUGGCACCAAGAGAGGAUGAGGGGGAUUUGGCACACAGGUACAAAAGCAUAAUCUCGCAAAGAAUCGCUUUAAAAACUGAACAAACUGGGAGAUCUGAAUGUGACAACAGUGGACCUUUAGAGAGGGCCAUCGGUGGAGCCUGUGCUGAAGCAGAGCUCAUUUAUGCCGCCUUCAAAUUUCAGCAGCAAUAUGAAACUCAAGUGAAGCUUCAAAGGGAGAGUCUGGCUGAUAUCAAUCCCCCUGAGUUGGCUCCUUAUGAGGAGCAAGUGCAGGGAGAAGGUGGAGGUUCAGAAGGAUCUGCAGAACCAGUUGAAAAGGAUGAAUCUGAUGUCCAAAAGGAAGAGGCAGAGAAAGAGCCAGAGUGGUUAAAGAGACUAACAUCCCGGCUGCAGAGAAGGGCUAAAUUCUUACACCAACUCUGCCAGGAGGUUUGUGAUGGCGAUGGAGUAGAGACUAGAGUGGACAAUAACUGGGAAAAUGCUUCUGCAGCCGACUUAAAUCGUAUGCAGGAGCAGGCGAAGUUGAUUUAUUUGUUAGACAGGCUGCACUCGGAUUUAGAGCAGCAGCAAAGUGAGGCGUUACAGGACAAACUGCAAGCUCUGUGCGAAGAGCAGGACAUCACAUUAAAGGAUGAGCAGGAGGCGUUUACUCAGGCCUUAUGUCAGCUCCAGGAGGACAACAGUGUAUUAAGAGAAGAACUGGAGCGUGCAAAGCAAAAGAUAAUAUCUGUAGAGACCGGGAACAAGAGACUCCUGGAAGAUAUACGGAAAAUUCAGGAUAAUCACAAGGAGCAGAUGAAAAAACUGGAAACGGAGUUUCAAGAGAAGAUAAGGGAGCUGCAACAGAUCCACGAAGAGGAGAUGAAACACUUGCAUGGUUAUUACGCCAAGUCUUCAAAAGAGAACCAGACCAAAACCUGUUCAGAGACUGAGGGUACCUGCUCCCUACCAGACCAGACUGUGAUGGAGAGGAAAACAAUGCUGGCAGGUGGUGCAGCAGCCAUGAGCGACCAGAAAGAUCCUGAAAAACCUGAGGCAUCUUGUGAUGAAGGUUUCACUGCUAUGGAGGAGAUGCACAGGCAGCUGAUAGAUGAUCUUCAGCAGCAGCAUCAGACGGAGGUGGCAGCUCUGCUGAAGGACAAAGACAAGCUGCUGCAGGAAGAGACAGCGGCCACGAUGGCAGCCAUCGUAGCAAUGAGGAGAGCCCAUAAACAGGAGCUGGAGAGAAGCCGACAGUCUCAGCGUAUCAAGGAGAGCGCUGACAUCACACAGCUGCACAUCCAAUAUGAGAAGGAGAUCCAGCUGAUGCACAGGGAGCUGGAGGUGUUGUCGAUGCAGCACACUCACAAAUGCCUUGAAAACUCUCAGCUGAGCCAGGAGCUGCAGGGUGAGAGACGGUCCUCGAUGCAGUACCAAAAAGAAAACAAGGAGCUCAAAAAUAAACAGAGAGAGACAGAUGAAAUGUCUCAGCUACAUUUCUCACUAAAUGGGAAACAGUCACAUGUUGCCCCUCAAGUAAACGACUUCUAUGAGAUGGAGGUGAUUCUGCGGGCGAGGGAGGCAGAAAUGCAGUUUCUCAGACAGGAAGCUUGUUCUCUCAAAGAGGAGUUGAAGAUUGCUCGAAUGGAUAAACUAUACGCCCAGAACAAGCUCAAGGCCCUCUAUACAAACAGCCAGGAUGAACCUCAUCAUGGAGUCAACAAACUCUGGGAAGAUGUCAAGUUCGCCACUUGGUCUCCAGGCAGAGACGCUUCAGGACAGAGCCACGAGGACACCAGUAAUGUUGCUUUUCUGAAGAAAACAGAGAAAUCGUCCUUCACACGUCAGAUCAGAGGAGUGAGGUCAAAGAGUUUGAAAGACGGCCUUUCUGUCCAAGAAAGAAUGAAGUUGUUUGAGUCGUUCUGAUCCAAACAAGAUGUUUCAGAGUAAAACUGCUGUUUGGUCAGAGGAUGUAUUAUAUAUUAUGUCUAUAAUAUAUAACUUUUCAUUAUGUGUAACUUUUUUUUACUGUGUAAAAAGUUGAUUUGUUUGUUGUUGAUGUAUCAGAGUGCCACCAGAGGGAGCAACAAACACUGGCUUUUCUAGAUUAACAUUUAUAAAAGUGUACUAUAAAAUAUAACACAAUAAUCACAAAGAAAUUAUAUUUAUAUUUUGGUUCUCAGUACAUUGCAUAGUGUAACUUGUGAUAAUAGACACAAAAGAUUGUGUGUUGCAUCAGUUGUAUUCAAACUGUUAUUAACAUAUUGUGCCACUAGAUGUAGCAUUAUACAACAUUUAGCAGAGGUAACUUCUGAAACAGAGGUGA